AUGUCCGUUAACGGCGCAGACAGUGGUAAGGCUCCAGUCCUAGAGCCUCAAACCGACAACCAUGCUCGCCAGCCAGAUCGCCUCGUCAAUGUCCAGCCGGCCCGUUUGUCUGACCUGCAGCCCAAGUAUGCCUCGGUGAUUCAGCAUGAUAACAGCAACCCCGAUGCUGCAGGCUGGUACGCCAGUUUCAUGCACAGCUUGGGUGAAUGCAUUGGUGCCUGUGGAGCUAUUCCUUGCUGUAUCUGCUGUCCCAACCCCUUCAAGCCCGUCGACCAAGGCCAGGUUGGUCUUGUCUCGCGAUUCGGACGCUUCGAGCGUUCCGUCGAUCCUGGAUUGGUCAAGGUCAACCCGGUCAGUGAGCACUUGACCACCGUUGACGUCAAGAUUCAGAUCGUGGAGGUGCCCCGCCAAGUCUGCAUGACCAAGGACAAUGUGACUCUCAACCUUACCUCCGUCAUCUACUAUCAGGUUAUUUCCCCCCACAAGGCCGCCUUCGGGAUCUCGAACGUGAAGCAGGCACUUGUCGAGCGAACCCAGACUACCCUGCGCCAUGUGAUCGGCGCCCGCGUCCUCCAAGACAGAUCGCACAGUCUCACCUCGGAGAUCAUCGAGGAGGUCGCAGCCGGAUGGGGUGUGCAGGUCGAGUCUAUGCUCAUCAAGGACAUCAUCUUCAGUGAUGACCUACAAGACUCGCUCUCCAUGGCCGCCCAGUCCAAGCGGAUCGGUGAGAGCAAGGUCAUCGCUGCCCGCGCCGAAGUCGAAUCAGCCAAGCUCAUGCGCCAGGCUGCUGAUAUCCUCUCGUCUGCCCCUGCCAUGCAGAUCCGAUAUCUCGAGGCGAUGCAGGCCAUGGCGAAGUCGGCCAACAGCAAGGUCAUUUUCCUGCCUGCAAUGAACCAGUCUGUUGCGCAGCAGCUGACUGCCGCGGAAAAUGCGGGCGAGGGCCCAAGUAACUAUGGCCAACCUGCCCAUGCCAAUGUCGACGAUGGCUUCCAACGAGCCGUGAAUGCUCGCAUCGUGGAAGACAUCUAA